AGCGACGAUACGUUACAUAUAGUAGUUAUUUGAUACAAAUAAGACAUAAAUUCAUUAUUAGGAUCCCGAAAACUUUCGCUUUAUGUGCCAAGGCCCAGUGCUUCUUUGCAUACAAUCUCUUCGAGGCCAUUGAAAACGUAUAUUGUGGGAGGCCAUUAUUCCAAAGCUAAGCAACAUGUGCGUCGUUGUCACUGGUGGUGCUGGUUUCAUUGGUAGUCACGUAGUUGAACACCUCCUGAAACAAGGCAAAAGGGUCGUCGCAAUCGACUCGCUCUGGACUGGGUCAAUCGAGAACACCAAUAGGUUUCUAGGCAAUGAAUGUUAUCGGUUCAUCACUCACGACGUAAGAGAGCCUCUGCCAAAUAUAGAGGGGGCUACAGAAAUUUAUCAUCUCGCCUGUCCCGCCAGCCCGGACCAAUUUGAGCAGAAUCCAAUCGAUAUUCUAGAAACAUGCUUCAAGGGAACACAGAAUGUAAUGGAGCUGGCCCUGCAAAAUCAUGCGCGUGUCCUGAUAGCUAGUACAUCUGAGAUAUAUGGUGAUCCUCAGGUUACCCCCCAGUCGGAGAAGUACUGGGGAAAUACCAACUCCUUCGGGCCACGGUCCUGCUACGACGAGGGUAAGCGGGUCGCCGAGGCUCUUGCUUAUGGUUACAAGCGCCACCAUGGACUAGAAAUACGCAUCGCGCGUAUCUUCAACACGUAUGGUCCAUACAUGCAGAUAAAUGACGGACGAGCCGUGCCGAAUUUCAUUGCGGCUGCAAUGCAGGGUCGGUCUAUCCAAAUCUACGGGGACGGCAGCGCAACUAGAUGCUUCCAGUUCGUUUCGGACUGUGUGACUGGCUUGACCGCUCUCAUGCAGAGCGACUACGCUGGACCGGUCAACAUCGGUACGGAGCUUGAGACACCAGUUGAUGACCUUGCGGGACUGAUUUCAGAGCUGGUGUCUGCUAAGAUGGGGAACUCCAACAAGGCUCCAAUCAUGUGUCUUCCGGCUAGGCAGGAUGAUCCGUAUCGCAGGAAGCCGGACACGAGUCUUGCAAGAGAUAUCUUGUGUUGGAAACCUACAGUGACAUUGAAUGAUGGACUCAACGCUACCGUUGAGUGGUUCCUGAGCACGUCAGUUCACAUAAAUGACCAAUGAAAUAAAUGUGCUAAUCCUUAG